AUGAUCACGGGGGCUGGUAGAGGUCAUGCCGAGGCAAUUGCCCUGCGAUUCGCGGAAGAGGGUGCUGCGGUUUCCUUAUGCGAUGUGGUUCCAGUGACAACAGUUGGAGGAGAAAGUAGGAGCGAAAAGAUAAGAGCCGCUGGCGGAAAGGUCCUCUGCUUCCAGACCGACGUUUCAAAAGAGGAUCAGGUGAACAAGAUGGCAAAGGAAACCAUUGAAACGUUGGGUACAGUCGAUAUCUCGCUAACGUUGUCGGCAUCGCUGGACCGACCAAAGAUGUCUGGGAUAUGA